AUGGAUAGGCGGAGCAGCCGCCACAAGGUGGCCAUGCGCUACGCCGACAGCAUGAUGCAUCACAAUCUAGGCCACGCCUUAUACCAGGGCAUCAGCACCGCAAAGAUAUACCCAGGAGCUAUCGGAUACUUCAACACGAACGGGCAGUGGAUCCACAUCACCUCCCUGCAGAAGCUGCGGCAGUCGCCUUCGCCUUCCGGGGCUCGGGAGCCCCAGGAGCCCCGGGGCAUGAAAGGCAAACUGUCACCCCUGGAGCCGCAGAUCAAUCUCAAGGUCAGCACGGAGACGCUGCAGUGGGAACCAAAGCGGUCUGCGUACGUGAUGAGCCAUGAAGACGGGAGCUUCGGCUUGGACACUCGGUUUCCGGUGAGCAUUAUCGAUCCGUGGAGCGGACGGUUUGCCCCGCAGCUCGGCGCCGUGCUCGCCACGCCCGGCCCGGUGGCGCACGCGAGCAUCAAGACGCCGCGCCGGCUGCAGGACUGGAUCCGGCUGAACCAGCGGGUGUUCCCGCGGUACUACUGGGAGGCGCGGAGAAACGACCUCUGGAUCAUCACCAGCACGUACAGCACCGCGGACAUGUGGCUGAAGGUGUGGGAGGACACGGCGGCUGCUGUAAGAGUGCGCUUCUCUGGUGGCGCUGCCAGGCAUGAGUUCCUCGGCAAGAAAAGAGUGUCCAACUCAGGUUCGAGGAUGUGUACUCUAAGGAUGUACAGUCCGGGCGAGAAAGAGAUGAACUGGACCAGCGUGCAUUACGAUGGCGCCAACAAGGGCAAACGGUCUCAGCUCAAACCGUUGGACCCGUAUGAUGGCGCCGCAGAAGACAGCGCCCUUGUAGAAUAUGAUGUGCCCGGCUUGAUUGAUGCGGCAGCCUCGGGACAUAUCGGCCUUGUCCGGACGAUCCUCGCCACAGCUGUGCCCAGUCCUGAUCAAAACGGAAGGCUCGGAGCGGCACUUCGGCAAGCAGCAGCCAGCGGCUACGAUAUCGUCGUGAAUGCGUUGAUCCAGGCAGGGGCGGACGUGAACGCGCUGAAAGACGACACCUCGCCACUGAUAGAAGCCUCGAAAGCAGGCCAUAAGAACAUAGUCCAGAUGCUGCUCGAAGCAGGAGCUGAUCCAAACGUGUCCGGCUGGCCCACCACCGCGCUCGCCGCCGCCUCACACAAAGGUCUUGAGGGAAUAGUCUCGCUACUGCUAGCAGCAGGCGCAGACGUUCAGGCCGAUGAGGUACUGAAGGGACCCUGUAAGCGGGGCUACGAUGCGUGCAUCCGGAUUUUGCUCGCAGCAGGGGCGGAUAUCAAUGAUCCAGAGGAUGAAGGCGAGACGCCGCUAUGUGUGUCGAUUCUCAAUGGUUGUAUGAACACUGUGCGCUUACUGGUGGAUGCGGGUGCCGACGUGAAUCGGCAGGCCGGUGAAAAUGGACGGACUCCCACGCCGCUGAUUACCGCUGUAACUUGCGGGAACCGCGAAGUCGUUCAGUUUCUUCUGGCAUCUGGCGCUGAUAUCUACCUGACGGGCGGCGAGCAAGGGAGUGCUAUAGCAGCGGCAGCUUUCCGAGGAGACAAAGACAUGGUCAGGCUGCUCCUCGAGGAAAUGGACAAGAGAGGGGCGAGAGAAUUCGGCCCGGCCCUGAAGUUCGCAAUCAAAGCCGGUUCGGUGGAAAUGUUCGAGUUCCUACUCGCUUCAGGGGCAGAUGUCAACGGCAUAGACGCAACGCCCGUGGCCAUGGGGACGGCUCCUGCAAACGAGCCGCCACUCACCGCCGCAACCAAGCUGAAAGCGGUAGACUUCGUCAGCCGUCUGCUUUCUGCUGGAGCCGAUCCCAAUGUGACGGAGAGCAAUUGGUCGAGGCAGACAGCCUUGCAUAUCGCCUCGGCUGCUGGGGAUGUAGAGCUUAGGCAGGUGCGAAUCUUCAGUUAA